AAAAGUCAGUCAGUAACAUUUGGUAAAAUGAUUCGACUAAGUGCGGUUCUAUUGAUGCUUGGAUUGGGAUGUUUGGAACUUGGUUAUAUUGCAGCUGAAUGUGCUGGGCCCAGUAUGGGAAUAGAUGGUUAUCUGCAGUUGGAGGCGGCGCUGGUGAAGCACUUGGAAUCUUAUUUGGAGAAAGUGGACAAUGAGCAAGAGACCAUUUCAAGUUACUUGACCGACAUCGACAGUUUGCAUGAGCAUAUGCAUAGUCCGGAGGCGUACUAUGGUAAUCCAAUCAACGCGUUCUUGACCAUUAAUCGGUUCGCCAUCAUCUGGAAGCAUGAGAUAUUUGAUGUACUGCUAGCAAACAGAACGUAUAGCGAGUAUAGAAAUGCGGUCGAGGGCGAGCUGAAUAAAAAGAAACUUAAUGGACCCACGAAUGAGGAUCUCCUCAUCGCCGCUGAGAAUCUGCUGGAUAUGCAGGAGUUCACACGCAUUCCCACCUCUGAGCUAGCCAACGAAGUGGUGCUGAGGGAUUAUAAUACUGACCAGAAUGUGACUUUAAGCGCCAGCGAAUGCCACUCCAUUGGAAGCAAUUUUUAUGAACUGCAGAGCUAUGAGUAUGCAGCUCAGUGGCUACAGCAGGCGCGCAAGCUGGCAUCUCUGGAAAGCUCGGCGAGUGCCUCGGCGAUUAAAAUACGUAUUCUGGAGCACCUGGUUCUGGUAUACAAGAAGCUAAACAGCCUCAAGCUAGCCUAUAAACUCAACAACGAAAUUCUAAAACUCGAACCGAAAAACGAGGCAGCCCUCAAUAAUAAAUCGUUGCUAGAGACGCAGCUGCUGCUCGAUCGCAUAAGGAUAGCAAAGGUGACGGUGAAUGAGCAAAUGGAUGAGAACCACUUAGAGCUAUAAUGGCAAUUGAUUACACAAAUUAAAUUGAUAUCCAAUUGAAAAUAUUGUUAGCAAAUAAAACUUAAA